ACUACUCGCAGUAAAGAUGGACAGAAGAUUUCCGCUCAAUGUUCGAAUCAUUGGAUUAAUACGGCACAAAAAGCAAAAGUCUUACCUUGCCUCCGUUCUGUGGUUGGAUCGAAAUGAUGUUAUUGUGUAUAGAACGUUUGACGAGUUUCAGAAACUCCAUAAAACGGUUGUAAAGAAGUCCCCGUUGGAGGCAGGGCGCAUUAAAAAGUCGGAUCGAAUUAUUCCAAAAUUCCAAGAUGUUUCCCGGAAGGAAAAACGACGGACCCAAGUAAGUAAAUCGAUCCUCAGAAUGGGCUUACUGGAGAAUUACUGCUCGGAGCUAUUGCGAAGCAGUGUUAAAAUCUCAGAGGAUCAAGAUGUUAUCCAAUUCUUCCUCCCCACCGAAAGUGACCUGGCGCCUUCUUUCCCCUCAGACAGUGUUAUCAUCAUGCCAUCUGCAAUCGGACGGAGAAGAAGCACAUGGAGGCGCACAGGCGCGAAAACUAUCGAAAACAUCACGCAGCCGAUGGCCUCGGAGAGUUACAAAUGCAUUGCUACUUAUGAAGGAAAAGAUACCAGGAACAAUCCGUUUAAGGUGUUGGAGGACGAAGUAGUUGAUGUCAUUACCAAGAACUCAUCAGGCUGGUGGCUCGUGGAAAAUGAAAGGAAGCAGUUAGCCUGGUUUCCAGCUCCUUAUCUCAGGAGUCUCUUGUCUGGGCCAUUGGAGAGUGAGGUAGAUGUUUCUGCAGAUUAUGAAUCUCAGUAUCACGCUAUUCAAAGCUAUGAAGCAAAAAAUGAAGAUGAACUAUCCAUGCAUGUUGGAGCCAUGGUUGAAGUCUUAAAGAAAUCUACUGAUGGAUGGUGGCUUGCCAGGUAUAAUGGACGGUCUGGAUAUGUCCCAUCUGUCUACCUUCAGCUGUACAGAAACCCACAUUCAAAAUUCCAGUUCCUCACCAAGGCAACCGUGUACAAAUCUACCCCAAACCUCAGUCUUCUCGACAAAGAUCCAUAUAUUCAAUCAAGUAAUGCAGAUCCAGACAAUGCUAGACAUUAUUUGUCAACUACAAAUAACAAAGAUGUCACAAAAAGACUGUAUCAGCAAAAAUCAAUGUCUAUGAACUGCUUGAAUGAUGAAAACAUAUUUGACAAUGAGUUAAACUUUCAUGAUGCAGAUGAGUCAGAAAAUUUGAGUGAUGAUGGUAGCAUGUCCACUGUAAGUUCAAACAGGUCACAUUUAUCUCAAGACAGCAGAUCAGACAGUCUCAACAGCUCUCAAAACUCUGCUGGCAUGUUGGAACUGCUUGAAAAUAACCAAAAUGAAGUUUCUCAGCUCACAAAUAAAAAUGUGAAUGAUUCUGAUGAGAAGGGGGGUGAUUUAAGAAACAUCCCUGAACCUUCCACAAGUGAGAAUAACUCUACUGCAAAUCCAAUACCCAAGAUACCUCCAAGACCACAGAGAGAAGAAAUAUUGUCAAGAUGUACAACCUUAACCAAGAACAUGAUUACGAAACCCCAAAAUCAUUUUGCCAUUAAACAUUCCAAAAGAGUUGAAUCACUCAUUGAGAGUUUCAGUGAGAAAAGAACUAUUGUUUCUAUUCAAACAAUAUGCAAGUUAACAAAAGUAUGCAGAAGCUGCAGUUUUUAUAUAUUCAUUUGGAAAAUUGGUAGGCAGAUUUUCCAUUAUCUUAUUAGUUUGAACAUUUGUUCUGCUUAAUGUGCAUUUUUUAUUUAAAGGAUUUAAUAUUUCGAUCCUCAAAUUCUGUCACAAAGAACACUAACUACCUAUUAUUCUUUAAAAAUUCUUCAACUGCAUUGCAGUCUUUAUCUUCUACCAGGGAAGAGUAGCGGUUAGUGUGAUACUAUUAGAGCUUGGAACAUCGGGCAUAAAUCCUGGCGUCCUCUGAAAGAAGUCCGUAUGCCCUCCCCUUGAAAUGCCCGGGUUUUCUCCGGGUACACCAAUUUCUUCCCACAGUUCAAAGACGAAUCGGGUAAGGUAAUUAGUCACUGCAAAUUGUCCUGUGAUUAGGUAGGAUCAGGGUUUGUGGGUUUGCUGGGCUGUGUGGCUCGAUGGACCGGAAGGCUCUAUUCUUUGCUAUAUUUCUAAACAGAUAAAUAAACUGAGCUGGUAUUUAACUCUACAUACUAGUGUAAUGAAUAUGAUUAUGUAACUCUAGAAUUAUUAUAUGAUUCUAGAAAAUCAUAUAGUGAACUGAACGUAAGAAUAAUUUUAAUAGAUUAAUCAUAAUGACUAAAUGUACAUAAAUUUAAUUACAUAAUUGAGUAAUUUAAUCAAUACAAGUUGCUCAAUGAAUUAAAUUAGUUCUCAGUUAGAGAUACCAUAUACAAGUUUGAGAAUCAAAAAAAAACAACUCCAGACUCUGGAAAUACGAAGUGAAAACUGAAAAUGCUGAACAUACUCAUCAGAUCAGGCAGCAUCUGUGGAGAGAGAGAAAGACAGAGCCAGCUUUCAAGGUCAAAGACCCUCUGUCAGAACUUUCUUUGAUCAAGAUAUCUGAGGGAAAUACAAUGGUGUUUCAAUGAAGCUUAAAUGUAAACAAGUGUUCUACUGGAAGCCUGCAGUUGCUGUAAUUUUUUUAAAAUGUGGAUCUACCAUCAGAUACUUCUAAAAGGCAGCACACCAUUACAAUGUUUGUCCAUGCUAGUGUGUAAACAACAUAAUUCUUUUACCUCUCCGGAAAGAAUCAAAUAUGCCAUUUUAUUGCAUCAAAAUUGUUAAAAGUUAGUUCAAUAAUGUGAACUAAUACACUUUUAAUGGACAACUGUCAAUUGACAAAAAGCUGCAGGAUAUGACUACAAUUCGCUCGUAUGCUUUUUCUUUCAAAAUGAAUUAACAAAAUAUUGAGUAUCCAGUAAGGGUUAUACUAAACUUUCAGUAACUGUAACUUGGGCCUUCACCUGUAAAAUUUUGUGGUACCUUCACUUUGUGCAGAAAUCGGGCAUAUGGACAAACAUUGUGCACAAUUUAAAGAUUGCAAGAACACUACGUUGUCACCUAUUGAAAGGAAAAUCAAUAGUGCUAUUUAUAUCUGAAUACAGUUAUUAGACAAUUGUUGAAUUAAAAUUUAAAAUCCAUAAUGGAAAAAAAAUACUUUUUAAUUAUCUAUCACCUACUUAUAUUAAGACAUGUUACCAUGGAGGAUAAAUAUUUUGUUUUGCUUAUUCUAUCCUCUGUGUUUAGGUAUUUCUGGUUCCUUUGCACCAUCGUAUACUUCCUUUAUAAAUAUGUUAAA